AUGGAAUCCUACGAGGAAGACGACGACACGCACUACUGCAACAAGUGCCACUUGACCAUCACUGGGCUGGACAACUACGUCAGGCAUCGGCAGUCCGGAUGCCGCACAACCACGGAAAACAAGAGCGUGUACGACUGCCCACCGCCAAGCAGCGUCUCCUACCCCGAAUGCCUGAACGCGGACGACUUCUUCAGUUCUCUGGAGCUGCAGAGCAGCACCAAGCCACAACCACCUCGAGCGGCCGACUUGCUGGACGUGCGUCCGAAGCAACCGUGCCGUCCCGAGGAGCGGCGAAAGAGACCGCGCAGGGACAUCAAGAGCCCGGACGGCAUGAAGAACGAGCCCAAGGACAAAAUACCGCACCUCCUGCCGGCCGUCGACGACAUCGACGACCUGGCUUCCCUGGUAUUCCCCGAGCUCGGUCCCGCCGAGGCCACCACUUCCGCCAAUCCCACCCAAACCAUGAGCCCCGUUCCUUCCACCGCUGUGUCUAUGGACAAGGCCGUCGACGACGGCAGGACUGGCAGCUCCAAGACCAACGUGCCCCACAAACAGGAGGCCAAGCACGAUGACAGCAGCCAGGGCAGGAGGGGCGAGUAUCCGCACUCGGACUGGCUCGAGGAGUCUGUAUAUAGCGAGGAGAUGCACCACCUGGACAGGUACGCCGCCGAGUCAGAUUACGAGCAGGAGGACGACAUGGAGGACAGCACCGAUCAGGAUGUCACGCUCGACGACGACUCGUACUCAGAUUCGGACGACCAGGACCACGUGGAUUACAGGUAUCCACCUGGGACUCAUACGGGGGGUAAGUGGCGACCCCCUGGCAUGGUUCAUGAGGACAUGCACGACGACGAGCUCGACACGGACGUGGCCGAGCAUCACCACGACAAUCAUCCACAUCCCAGCUACACCGGUGGCAAGUGGAAUCCAGCCGACUCGACCGCUGUUCGGGUGUUCACGAAGCAAGAUAACUCGGAGUGCAGUCAAACGAGGCGUCAGUUGCAGCAACCACCGCCCGACCACACCCACGGCAAGUGGGUUCCGGGUGCGCGGGCCGACGUGGCCACGGGAUAUUGGUGCAGUCCUUGCGGUCGAAAGUUGGCCUCACAGCUGGUUUACAAGCGACACCUCGCCUCCGAGUUGCACGCCCGCAGGAGCAUCCAGGAAAUCGACGGUCUCGUGCCGCCCAGGGCUCUCAGCCGCCGGCAGAGGGUAUUGGCUUCCAAAAGAACGAGCACGACGUCGUCAUUGGCGGAUUCAGUAUCCGCGCCAUCCUCAUCGAGUACAGCAUCGGAAGAGCAAAGGCAUUCGUCGCAAAAUCCCCGGCGCCGUAGGCGCGAGAAGGAGGUACUCACGUGCGAGAUGUGCCGUGCUCGCGUGCGCCGCGCCCAACUGGGCAAGCAUCUACUCUCGCACUAUCACUGUCGCGUAGCAGGUGCCAUUGCCGCCGCCACAACAACUACUACACGGAGCCACGAGGUGGACGACAAUGACACGCAACGCGAGCAACAACAGCACCAGCGCUUCCUGCUCGAGAACAUGGCCAACAUCGUGCGCCAGUGUCCCUUCCAGUGUGCCCCUUGUCGAUUUUAUUGCAACACCGAGGACACGUUCCUUAGGCACUGGCGCUCCCAAGACCACAGGCACGUGGUUUCCAAGAUCGGCGGGAGCUUCGUGUGCGCCCUUUGCGAUUUCUGGUGCAAAGAUAACGAGAGCGUGGAGGUGCACAUAAUGGAACAAGGUCAUCGAGAUGCCGUUUCAAUGAUUAAUGGCUCCGUGCCGAUGGUCAUUCGUCGCCAGCGGAUACUCGCGUGCUCCGCCUGUUGCAAGCCAUUCAGGUACAACGUUCAGCUUCGCGUACACGCUAGGGAAACCGGUCACGAGGUCGACGAGAGCGCCUCCGACGAGUACCAAUGCAUCAUGAAAUGCAGCCAUUGCGAGCACGUGGCCCGUUCCAAGCUCGCUCUGCAACGACACCAGCUCAACCAGCACAAGACCGAGCCCCACCCCAAUGACCUCAAUCCGUACUUUUGCUCGUUCUGCUCGACGAAUUUCAAAACCAAGAGAAAAGCCGUCGGCCACAGGCGCACAUCCAGUCACAAGGAAAAGGUCAAAAGUUCGAAAAAGGGGUCUUGCCAGCGCGUUUGUGCACACUGCAAGGAGACGCUAAGCAAUUUGGCUGAAUUCAAACGGCACAUGUUCGACACGCACUUAGAGCUGUGUCACAGGUGUGGCAAGUGCGGGGAAAAGUUUGCCAUCCCGCAAGACGUCACGACUCACACGCGAGACAAUCGCUGCUCACGAAGCAACGUUACCACCGCUGAUGCCGCAGCUGCGUACGCGUGCGAUAAAUGUUGUUUCAAUACGGAGUCGGAGUCUGAAUUUAUGUUCCACCAAGUGUUGCACGGGAAUCCCGUUGAGAUUGACUCUGCACCCGGAGCCGGGAGGAAGACGCGCGACAGACCAAAGUACCCUUGUCCGUUGUGCCAAAAGUUAUUUUCCAAGUUCAACUUGAGGGAACACUUGAGAGUGCAUACCGGGGAACGUCCUUAUUCCUGUACCCAUUGCAGAGCCACUUUCGUGCGCAGGUGUGACAUGGCUGGCCAUUGCAACAAGUGCUCCGAUUCUGCUGGUGUAGAAGCUACCAAGGACGCGAGGGAACGAAAAUACGUAUGUCACGAAUGUGGAGAUGGAUUCUACACCAAGCACACACUCAGGCAGCACAUACUGCGUCAUGCUGGUAAACAGUACAAAUGUGGGUUACCAGGUUGCCCGAUCAUCCUCCGCACCGCAAACGAGUUGAGGAGACACAGGGAACUCGUGCACGAGAGUACCAAAGAAAUCAGGCCAUUUAAAUGCAACGAUUGCACCUACGCUGCGAAAACAAACGUCCAGCUUGCCAGGCACAGGCAAAUCCAUGACACACCAAACGAGGACAAUCCGGACAGUCACGUGUGCUCGUUCGAAGGCUGCAACUUCAAAACUAACAACGGCUCGCACAUGAAGCGGCACUUUCGGCUGCACAGCGGAACGAAGCCUUACAAGUGCCGGUACUGCACCUACGCGAGCAACAACGUGGAAAACCUCCGUAAGCACGUGCUGUCGACAAAGAUCCACGUCGGCAAAACGAUCUACCAGUGCGAGUCGUGUAGAGCCGGCGAGGCUUUCGGGACCAACUACUCGAAGGAGCUGCGCGCCCACUUGCUGGAGUCGCAUCCGGACGAGUACCCAACCCCUGACGCGGCCAAACGAUACGUCGACGAUAUUUUUCAACAAUCGGCAACUCUGUGA